AUGCAGCGUCCAUCGCCGGAAGAAUUUGCGCUCAAAGAAACCGCACCGAAAAUCGCCGGAUCAGGCAACUACGCCGGCGACAAGCUCACCUCCACCUAUGACCUCGUUGAGCAAAUGCAGUAUCUCUACAUUCGAGUCGUCAAAGCCAAAGAAUUGCCACCAAAAGACGUCACCGGAAGUUGCGACCCCUACGUCGAAGUCAAGCUAGGAAACUACAAAGGAAUCACCAAACACUUUGAAAAGAAAUCAAACCCAGAAUGGGAUCACGUUUUUGCCUUCUCACAAGAUCGAAUUCAGGCCUCGUUUGUCGAAAUUAUCAUCAAAGAUAAAGAUGUAGUCAAGGAUGACUUCAUCGGAAGAAUCUUGUUUGAACUCAUCGACGUCCCCAAAAGAGUCCCGCCGGACAGUCCAUUGGCACCGCAGUGGUACAAAUUGGAGGAUAAAAAGGGGGAGAAGCUUAAACACGGCGAGAUAAUGCUCGCCGUCUGGAAAGGAACUCAGGCCGACGAGUGUUUCCCGGAGGCAUGGCAUUCCGACGCUGCCACCAUCGGCCGAGAAGGGGUUUCCAAGAUUCGUGGAAAAGUUUACUUGUCCCCAAAGCUUUGGUACGUUCGAGUGAACAUAAUCGAGUGUCAAGAUUUGAUUCCGAGUGAUCGGAAUAAGCCGAUCGAGGUCUGCGUGAAAGCCGUGUUGGGGAAUCAGGCUACGAGAACUCGAAUUUCUUCAGUGAAGACGGCGAACCCGAUUUGGAACGAAGAUUUAGUUUUUGUAGCGGCCGAGCCUUUCGAAGAGGCUUUGAUGUUAACGGUUCAAGAUCAAGGUAACAAAGAUGAGGUAUUGGGGAAGUGUAUGUUGCCGUUGUACUCGGUGCAUCGAAGAUGGGACAAUAAGGCCGUUCAGUCGCAGUGGCACAACCUCGAGAAGCAUCUGGUGGUCAAUGGCGAGAAGAAAGACGUGAAAUUCGCAAGCCGGAUUCAUCUACGAGUGUGUUUGGAUGGCGGGUUUCAUGUUUUGGACGAAUCGACGAAUUAUAGCAGCGAUCUAAGGCCCACGGCGAAGCAGAUAUGGAAGUCGAGCAUCGGGAUUUUGGAGUUGGGAAUUAUUAGCGCGAAAGGUUUGUCGCCGAUGAAAACCCGAGACGGGCGGGCGACAACGGAUGCAUAUUGUGUGGCGAAAUACGGGAGAAAAUGGGUACGAACACGAACUAUUAUUGAUAACUUUUCGCCGAACUGGAACGAGCAAUACACGUGGGAGGUUUUCGAUCCAUGUACUGUGAUAACGAUCGGUGCAUUUGACAACGGGUAUUUACAUGGGUCGAACAAGGAUUUGCGAAUCGGAAAGGUGCGGAUCCGGUUAUCCACACUGGAGACGGAACGAGUGUAUACACACUCGUACCCCCUCAUUGCCUUACACCCUUCGGGUGUAAAGAAGAUGGGGGAGGUACAAUUGGCUGUGAGGUUUUCGUGCACAUCGUAUCUCAACAUGUUGCACAAAUACUCACAGCCAAUUCUGCCCAAAAUGCAUUAUGUCCAUCCAUUGUCGAUGAGUCAAACCGAUAUGUUAAGACAUCAAGCGACUCAUAUAGUCUCAUCCAGGUUAGCCCGUGCUGAGCCACCGUUGAAGAAAGAGGUGGUCGAGUUCAUGCUAGACGUCGGCUCACACUUAUGGAGCGUGCGAAGGAGCAAGGCAAAUUUCUUCCGGAUCAUGAACGUGGCAAGCGGUUUCGUAGGAUUGAUAAAAUGGUUUGACUCAAUAUGCCAUUGGAAAAACCCACUCACGACGAUUCUAAUUCACGUACUUUUUGUGAUACUGAUAUUGUGUCCCGAGCUGAUCCUGCCUACGGUUUUCUUGUACCUCUUUGUUCUUGGAAUCUGGAGGUACAGAUGGAAACCGAGGCAUCCUCCUCAUAUGGAUAUUAGGUUAUCACACGCCGAUGCAGUGACCUACGACGAGUUAGAUGAGGAAUUCGACUCAUUUCCGACUACUAAAGGAUCGGAUGUGGUUCGGAUGCGAUAUGACCGGUUACGAAGUAUUGGAGGUCGAAUUCAGAACGUGGCGGGUGAUUUGGCAACUCAGGGCGAACGGUUCCACUCGUUGUUGAGUUGGCGAGACCCAAGGGCAUCCGCAUUGUUUGUAACAUUUUGUUUGAUUGCUGCAAUCGUGUUGUACGUGACACCUUUUCAAGUGGUGGCACUUCUUAGCGUGUUUUUCAUGUUGAGACAUCCGAGGUUUCGAACCAAACUACCCUCGAUUCCCGCAAAUUUCUUUCGAAGGUUGCCAUCGGGUGCCGAUCGUAUGUUGUAGCCGAGAAUAUGUACUUUAUCGACUAUGUUGUUAUUGUGUCUUCUCGUUGGUGAUA